ACUUUAGUUUCUCUUUAGUUUGUCUUUAGUUUCACACCGGCUCAGAGCUCCUUACUCACAAAUCUCUUGUCCACUCUGCAGUCCACUCCAGACCGGACAGAACCAUGGCACAGACGCAGCCCGUGGACCCCACCAAGAUGGGGGUGGGCCGGGCCAUUGCGGUGCUGACCUCCGGAGGGGACGCUCAGGGUAUGAACGCCGCGGUGAGGGCCACUGUUCGAGUGGGCCUCUACACUGGGGCUAAGGUCUACUUCGUCCAUGAGGGUUACCAGGGUCUGGUGGACGGAGGAGACAACAUCCGCCCUGCGACGUGGGAGAGUGUGUCCAUGAUGCUGCAGCUGGGCGGGACUGUGAUUGGGAGCGCGCGCUGUCAGGACUUUCGCACCAAAGAGGGGCGCACUCGAGCCGCCUGUAACUUGGUCAAACUGGGCAUCACCAACCUGUGUGUGAUCGGAGGAGACGGCAGUUUGACCGGAGCAAACCAGUUCAGGACCGAGUGGGCGGAGCUACUGCAGGACCUGCUCAAGGCCGGUAAGAUCACGGCUCAGGAGGCGAAGUCGUCCUCUCACCUGAACAUCGUGGGGAUGGUGGGCUCCAUCGACAACGACUUCUGUGGCACCGACAUGACCAUCGGCACAGACUCAGCUCUGCACCGCAUCAUCGAGAUCGUCGACGCCAUCACCACCACGGCGCAGAGUCACCAGAGAACCUUCAUCCUGGAGGUGAUGGGGCGACACUGUGGAUACUUGGCGUUGGUCACGGCUCUGUCCUGUGGAGCCGACUGGGUCUUUAUCCCCGAGAUGCCUCCUGACAACGGCUGGGAGGAGCAUCUCUGUAGACGCCUCAGUGAUCAAAGGGGGCGUGGCUCCCGUUUGAACAUCAUCAUUGUGGCUGAAGGAGCGAUGGACCUCAAAGGAAAACCCAUCACCUGUGACCAGAUCAAAAAGUUGGUCUCUGAGAAAAUGGGCUUCGACACUCGCAGCACCAUCCUGGGUCACGUGCAGAGAGGAGGAACGCCCUCGGCCUUCGACAGGAUCCUGGCGAGCCGUAUGGGGGUGGAGGCGGUCAUGGCUCUGCUGGAGGCCACCCCCGACACCCCCGCCUGUGUGGUGUCUCUGUCGGGGAACCAGGCCGUGAGACUGCCCCUCAUGGAGUGCGUACAAGUGACCAAAGACGUGACCACAGCGAUGGCGGAGGGGAGGUUUGAAGAGGCCGUGAAGCUCAGGGGAAAGAGUUUUGAGAAUAACUGGAACACCUACAAAAUGCUGGCUCAUGUCCACCUCCCCAAAGUGAAGAGUAACAUAAACAUUGCGAUUCUGAACGUGGGCGCCCCCUGUGCUGGGAUGAACGCCGCCGUGCGCUCGGCCGUGAGGAUCGGCAUUCUGCAGGGACAUCAGAUGUUAGCGGUGCACGACAGCUUCGAUGGACUGGCUCACGGCAUGAUUGAGCCCAUUGGUUGGAGUGAUGUUGGAGGGUGGACUGGAAAAGGUGGAUCCAUGUUGGGGACUAAGAGAUCUCUCCCAAAUGAAUUCAUGGAGGAAAUCAGUCUGAGCAUCACCAAGUUCAACAUCCACAGCCUGAUCAUCAUUGGAGGAUUUGAGGCGUUUGUGGGCGGUCUGCAGUUGGUCCAGGCCCGGGAGAAGUAUGAGGAGCUGUGUAUUCCUCUGGUGGUGGUUCCGGCCACAGUCUCCAACAACGUCCCAGGAACUGACUUCAGCAUCGGAGCGGACACUGCCCUCAACACCAUCACCAUGACCUGUGACAGGAUCAAGCAGUCUGCAGCGGGCACCAAGAGGAGAGUGUUCAUAGUGGAGACGAUGGGGGGAUACUGCGGUUAUCUGGCAACCAUGGCUGGGCUGGCCUCUGGGGCUGAUGCUGCUUAUAUCUAUGAGGAGCCAUUCAACAUCCAUGAUCUGGAGGUAAACGUGGAGCAUCUGGUGGAGAAGAUGAAGACCACAGUAAAGAGAGGACUCAUUUUGAGAAAUGAAAAAUGCAACGCCAACUACACAACAGACUUCAUUUUUAACCUGUAUUCGGAGGAGGGGAAGGGAGUGUUUGACUGCAGGAAGAAUGUCCUGGGACACAUGCAACAGGGAGGGACACCCAGCCCGUUUGACAGGAACUUUGGCACAAAAAUGGGACUCAAGUCUGUGCUUUGGUUGACUGAUAAACUGAAGGAGUGCUACAGACACGGUCGGAUUUUUGCCAAUUCUCCCGACACAGCCUGUAUUCUGGGAAUGAAGAAGAGAUCCAUGGUUUUCCAGCCUCUUUCAGAAGCCAAAGAAUGCACUGACUUUGAGCAUCGCAUCCCGACCGAACAGUGGUGGCUGAAGCUGAGGCCGAUCCUGAAGAUUCUGGCCAAAUACAAGAUCAACCUGGACACGUCAGAGAAGACUGAGAUAGAGCACAUCGUCAAAACCAGAGGGCAUGUGCCCAAAUAAACACAUACUCUGCUAUACACCCCUGAAACAGUGGACACGUGCAAUAAUCAACUCGAAUAAUAAUAAUAAAGCUAUAUUUAUGGAA